GAAGGAUUGAGUGAAAAUGGCGUCUGGUUGCUCAGUGCGAUGCCCAUGUAAUCCUCGUCUGAUUAGCUAGCUAGAUUUAACAAUAUCGUUGAUAAUUUUGUGUACAGUCGGCCACAGUUUCUGUCUAACAAGCGCAUACUCUGAUUCUGAAACAUAACAGUUCAUCAUGUCAGACUCGGAAGAAGACAGUCAGGAUCGGCAACUUAAAAUUGUUGUUAUCGGGGAUGGUGCAUCUGGGAAGACAUCACUCGCCACCAGGUUUGCCCAGGAGGCCUUUGGGAAACAGUACAAACAAACAAUCGGUCUGGAUUUCUUCCUGAAGAGGAUAACUCUGCCAGGCAACUUGAAUGUCACGCUUCAGGUGUGGGACAUUGGAGGUCAAACAUUAGGAGGAAAAAUGCUGGAUAAAUACGUAUACGGGGCUCAGGGGGUUCUACUAGUGUACGACAUCACCAACUACCAAAGCUUUGAGAACCUGGAGGAUUGGUACAGCAUGGUGAAGAAGGCCAACGAGGAGGCCGACGCUCAGCCUGUCGUCUCCCUGGUAGGGAACAAAAUCGACCUGGAGCACAUGAGGACGGUGAAGGCUGACAAACACCAGCGCUUCUGCCAGGAGAACGGCCUCAUCAGUCAGUUCGUAUCAGCAAAGACUGGAGACUCGGUGUUCCUGUGCUUCCAGAGAGUGGCUGCUGACAUUCUGGGUGUGAAGCUGAACAAGGCGGAGAUUGAGCAGUCCCAGCGCGUGGUGAAAGCAGACAUCGUGAACUACAGUCAGGAGCCAGUGGCCAGAACUGUCAACCCCCCACGCAGCUCCAUGUGUACGGUGCAGUGAGCACCCCACUCUCCCCAGCCCUGCAAAACCCUCUGUCCCCCAACACACACACACUCAGUUGUUUAAGAAACCAGUGAGACUUAUGAUCAGUAUUGCUUAUGGGGUAACUGGACCAAAUAUAUGUGAAGAUUGCAUAUAGUGUAUUUACAGGAAGGAAUGAAGGAAGCUGGUUGUGUAGUAUAUUUGCAACUUUGAUAUCCAUAUAUUUAUAUUAUUUUUCAUGAAAGAUUCCUUGUGUCAUCAGCAUUUCUUGUCAAAACAAACUCUGCUUAAAACAAAUCAAACCUUUCCCCCAAUUUAAUUAAUAAUUAAAUAAACUUAACUUCACAAUCUUUUUUUUUUUUUUACUAUGAUAGCAUCUUGGUGGCAGUUUAAUUGUACUGUAUACAGUGUGUAGGCCUAGUUAUUAUUUUAUGGCAGGAGAAAACAUAUGUCUGUGUGUGAAAAGAAAUAACAACAAUAUAAUUUGUUUAAUCAUUAUUUGUUAUUCCUCUGCCACUGCUACUGCGUAUGUUGGGAUGUCAGGAUUAGUUUUAUGGCUCCAUCUCCACCCUCCACUAGCCCCUCUUCCACAGAUCCCAGUGUUGAAACAGAAGUGGGAGUUGUGGUGAAGGGCAAGGGAGCACUGCGGGGGCCGAAACAGUUGAAGGCCGGGGCUGCCAUCUAUGACUGAUUUAUAUGUGCUGAAUGUGCUUGCGGAACAGUCUGCUCGCUCAAUAUGUCACCUAUAGCUUCUGCAUUUAUGGUGCUCCCCAAUUUUAACCUUGUUAACAGAAGGGAGUAGGCUAAAUGUUUAGUGCUGUAGUUGACAGAAAUGAUUUGCCAAUGGGUAGCGUACUUGAAGCAAUGAUUAUCAUGGGGUAGUGUUAUUUUUCUCCAUGACUGCUUUGUCUGUCAAUCUGAAGGCUGUACUUUGGUUUCAGAUGGUGAUGAAAUCCCAAAAGGAUCAUAUCGGGUGACAACCCCCUCCAAAGCUAGUUAAGCUCAUCUCUAGGAAAUUUGUCUUUGGACCUCUUUACUUUGCAGUCGUAUGUUUUGCCAAGUUGUAUUUUGUGGCGUAUACACUACAUUUGCAUACUUCAGCUUUACUCUUUGCGCUCAGCUUUAAAAAGUUGUGGCAAUAGUCACAUGGUCUUGCAUCUCUUAUUUCUCUGACCAGUUCCUAUAAAAAAUCAAAACUAUUGAUGGAACCGCCCAUGACCAAGUGAAGAGACCCACAGUCGUUUAACAGACUACAAUUCCAAAUGCUCAUUCUUUAAGGAGGCUCACAUAUUUAGCUACAAAAUUGAGCAGAAGAUAUUACUAUUGUUAACUGGAGAUAAGCAGCUGAAAUAUCCGACUAUUAAUUGUAGCUGUGUGUUUAUAGCCUUAAGAAACUGUCCGUUGUAGAACAGAGACGUCUGCAGUGAAGAACUUGCGCCACAUGAAGUGCUUCAUAGGGGUUUUUAUCUUUACCAAACAAGCUUAUUAAUAAUCGCCAACCUCCUAUUACACUAUGGGCAUUUGAAAGUAUAAUCAUGCCUAAAAAUAUGGUAUGUCAGUCUCUUAACUUUGUAUUUUAUUUUUAAUUUAUAUCAAUGUUUUCUUUGGACCAAUGUGGUGUACUUGCAAGCAGAGGUUGUCAACAUUGUUUCACAUUCUAUUUAAAUCAAUACAUGGUGACCUGGUUGGAUUGUAAACUGUAAACCAUGGUGUCCGCCUUAUGUGUAAAAUGUGUAUUUGUAUUAUAACAAUUAUAUCUACAAUUGUUCUGUGAAAGAUCUUUUUUUCAGAGCUGCUUUUUUUCAAUGGGAUUUCAAAAGCUCCUCUGUGUAUGCCCUAUGGCUUCAGGUCUAGAAAAGCAGAUAUCUAAGAGUUAGAGAAUGUUAAUUUAGAAAAUGGUUGUUUUGUGGACAAUAUCUAACUGUACAAACAGUGUGUUUGUAUAUAAUAAAAAUACCACUGGAGAAUGGGGAAAA